CUCUCAUGGGUUUUUAGAAGCGAAGUGUUGUAGUAAGUGUUGAAGCUUUAACACAGACCCUCCUCGUUCUGUCAGUCAUCAGUAGGACAAGAUGGGGCUCUAUUCACUCUGUGUGAUGCUCUUGAUGACUGGACUCAUUCAUUCUACAAAAACAGAAGAAAAUAAACCAGAGCUCACAUCAAACCUUAAAGGAGCUGCACUGACUGGAGACUCAGUGACUCUUUACUGUACACUGAAGCCGCAGUCUGAUGGGUGGACGUUUAACUGGCUCAAACAGACAAAGAAAUCUGAGAAAGAAGCAGACUACCGUUCCUUCACCACCAAACAUGACCAUUCCUACACCAUCAGAUCAGUUAGAGUCUCUGAUGGAGGUCAGUACAGGUGCAAAGCUGAAAGAAGAAACCCAGUCCACUACACACACUACAGUGAUGCACUCUGGGUAAAUGUUACUGAGAGUCCUAAACCUGUGGUUAUUAUAAACCCUGAUACAUGGGUGUUCAAAGGAGAGAGCGUGACUUUCAGAUGUAACAUGCAGACAGGAGGAGACACCAAGUGGACGUACAGCUGGUAUAAGAAUAACACACAGCUACAGAACACAGCACAGGAGUUUACAGACACAAUUGAUUUCAGUGGUAAAUACACCUGCAGAGGAAGGCAAGGUGACUCAAAGAGCUCACAGAUGAGUGAUCCUGUUAUGCUCUUUGUAUCAGAAAAACCCAAACCGACUGUGAGAGUGAAUCCUCAGAGCUCCAUCUACACUGGAGACAGAGUUACUCUGAGCUGUGAUCUACAGUCUACUGGAUGGACUUUUCUCUGGUAUGAUCAUCAGCAAUCAAGACAUCUGACAUCUGUAGAUACACACAGUAACACACUCAGUGUGACAAUCUCUAAUGAAGGACAAACAACAUACUACUGUAAAGCACACAGGAGAAACUACAUGUCAGAGUUCAGUGAUCCAGCCACGAUCACAGUGAGAGCGAGACCGCAGCCUGUAGUGAAAGUACAGCCUGCUGAGAGUGUGUUCAUUGGGGAAAGAGUCACUCUCACAUGUGAGAUACAGACUGGAGGAUCCUGGCAGUACCACUGGUAUAGAGAUAAUAAAGAACUCAGUGAUGCUGCAGGAGAUAAAACAUACACAAUCACUGAUGUUAAAGAGUCUAAUAAAGGUGAUUAUACAUGUAAAGGAACAAAGUCAUCAGACCCAAAAUACACAGAGACCAGUGCUGCUGUUACACUGACUGUAUCAGAAAAUAAACCAGAGCUCACAUCAAACCUUAAAGGAGCUGCACUGACUGGAGACUCAGUGACUCUGUACUGUAGACUGAAGCCGCAGUCUGAUGGGUGGACGUUUAACUGGCUCAAACAGACAAAGAAAUCUGAGAAAGAAGCAGACUACCGUUCCUUCACCACCAAACAUGACCAUUCCUACACCAUCAGAUCAGUUAGUGUCUCUGAUGGAGGUCAGUACAGGUGCAGAGCUGAAAGAAGAAACCCAGUCCACUACACACACUACAGUGAUGCACUCUGGGUAAAUGUUACUGAGAGUCCUAAACCUAUGGUGAUUAUAAACCCUGAUACACGGGUGUUCAGAGGAGAGAGCGUGACUUUCAGAUGUAACAUGCAGACAGGAGGAGACACCGAGUGGACGUACAGCUGGUAUAAGAAUAACACACAGCUACAGAACACAGCACAGGAGUUUACAGACACAAUUGAUUUCAGUGGUAAAUACACCUGCAGAGGAAGGCAAGGUGACUCAAAGAGCUCACAGAUGAGUGAUCCUGUUAUGCUCUUUGUAUCAGAAAAACCCAAACCGACUGUGAGAGUGAAUCCUCAGAGCUCCAUCUACACUGGAGACAGAGUUACUCUGAGCUGUGAUCUACAGUCUACUGGAUGGACUUUUCUCUGGUAUGAUCAUCAGCAAUCAAGACAUCUGUCAUCUGUAGAUACACACAGUAACACACUCAGUGUGACAAUCUCUAAUGAAGGACAAACAACAUACUACUGUAAAGCACACAGGAGAAACUACAUGUCAGAGUUCAGUGAUCCAGCCACGAUCACAGUGAGAGCGAGACCGCAGCCUGUAGUGAAAGUACAGCCUGCUGAGAGUGUGUUCAUUGGGGAAAGAGUCACUCUCACAUGUGAGAUACAGACUGGAGGAUCCUGGCAGUAUAACUGGUAUAGAGAUAAUACAGAACUCAGUGAUGCUGCAGGAGAUAAAACAUACACAAUCACUGAUGUUAAAGAGUCUAAUAAAGGUGAUUAUACAUGUAAAGGAACAAAGUCAUCAGACCCAAAAUACACAGAGACCAGUGCUGCUGUUACACUGACUGUAUCAGAAAAUAAACCAGAGCUCACAUCAAACCUUAAAGGAGCUGCACUGACUGGAGACUCAGUGACUCUGUACUGUAGACUGAAGCCGCAGUCUGAUGGGUGGACGUUUAACUGGCUCAAACAGACAAAGAAAUCUGAGAAAGAAGCAGACUACCGUUCCUUCACCACCAAACAUGACCAUUCCUACACCAUCAGAUCAGUUAGAGUCUCUGAUGGAGGUCAGUACAGGUGCAAAGCUGAAAGAAGAAACCCAGUCCACUACACACACUACAGUGAUGCACUCUGGGUAAAUGUUACUGGUGAGUAAGAGACCUUUUGUCAAGUGCCUGUGUCUACAACCUUCUAUCUACUAAAGAAAUUCUAAAUAAGUAUAAAUCCUACACAAACAUAUUCAUAACAAGCACACUGUUUAAGAUGUACUUUACACGUCUCAAUAUACUCAACAUGAAAUAUAUCCGAAUACUCUAUAGGGCAUGAUAAUAGGUCACAUUUGCAUGUGUGCAUUAAAGAUCCACAUAUAACUAUAGCAUAUUAGCAUAUGAAAGUCAUUAUUAUUAAUUUACACAUUUACGUCUUUUGAAUCGUUUUACAUUUACAGUGAAGAAUCACAUUACCUUGUAUGAAAUAAAAAAAUGUGACAAAUGUCACAAAAAAAGGGAAAAAAUGGGCAAAU